ACAGAGAGGGGUUUUUUUUGGAGGCAGCUAGGGGAGGCUAGAGAAAACAAAAAAAAUAGGAAGAAGUUUUGGAAACAGAGGGAGAGAGAGAGAGAGAAAACGGGGGAAAUAAACCAAGAGAAAUCUGGAGAGGGGUUGAACGCAAGAUAGAGGGAAGGGUGAGAAGAAAGGAGGAAGACACAGAAAACAAACCAAAAAGAAGUAGUCUGGAACAGAAGGGGAGAAUUAGAGAAAACUUCAAGAGCAAAGGAUAGGCACCACAUCUCACACUCGUAUCAUCCGUCUGUACCGUCUUUGAAAUUGGAGGAAAGUUGAAGAUCCAAUUACUUGUUUAUUGUGAAAAUUGGGCCAGUGUAAGAUUUCCAAAACAGAAACCCCAUACCAUUAAACACUGAAACUGAAACCAUUCUCUGCACAAAUCAAGAGUGAAGCAACAAUAAAUGAAGCCUGUUUCUCAAAAAUGGGGUUACAUUCGAAUCAUGGCCGGUACAAUCCUUGGAGGCAUCCUCGGAUUCUACGUUAUGCACCGUGUUGAAUCUAACUACAAGGAGAGAAUGAAUGAGAGGCUGAGAAACUACGAGGCUGAAUUAAGGAGGAAAAAGGACGAGAGAUUGAACGAUUUAGAGGAAUCCUCCAAGUUUUGAAAAAUCGUGGUUCUUUUUUCUUAAUUUUUUAUUUUCUCUUUUUCUUUCUACGUUUGAUUUAUGAGAAAAAUUAGAAAAAUUGCUUCUAUGUA